CUUCCGUUGCCUUGUCCCCAUCAAAGCUGCCCUCCUCUCCGUCUUCCUCUUCGCUCAAUCAGCUUAUCCUGCCGGAACAAUGCAUUGGUGGCAGACUGUUUUCCAGCUCUCCUUGCUGGCCUCGACCGCGCUCCCGGCCGCCGCUGCGAACUGGGGGUUUGCUGAUGCCACCGUGUCAGUUCAGACCAAGGGCGCCGGAGUCGGCGCCGGAUUGAAGGAAGAAAUCCCUCAGAACGGCGCUCUCUCCAAACCCGUCCCUCUCGGUAAUGCGGAUACCCUCAAGGUCGCCCUGACAGCGCAGGAAGGAAAGUCGGCAAAAAACGCGCACCAAGUCUUUCUCCUCCUCGAAGACCCGAAUUCGGGAUUAGAUAUCUCCUACCCGUUUUCCGUCAAGGGCAAUGGCAAGUCUCGGGUUGAAUUGACAUGGAAGGAUAUCCCUACCCAAUUCCUUUCUACAUCCGAGCCUCUUGAUGCGAAGAUCCUGAUCGGAUCGUUCGGAAGUUCGCCAGCGUACAACAAGCCCGCGUUCCAACUGUCUCUAGCCCGCAGCCCCGAUGAGCCCGUCCCGACAUAUGAAGUCUCGCGAUACGGAAAACUCCCUGAGAUCCAUCACAUCUUCAAGAGUGACCCUCAGAGCCCACCCGUUGUCAUCACACUUGCUUUCAUUGCGACAGUGCUGGCCGCUUUGCCUCUCCUAGCUGCCCUGUGGCUAUUCCUCGGUGCUAACAUUAACCACCUCCCUACGGCGAUUAAGUCGGCGCCAAUUCCCCAUGCCGCCUUCUUGGGCUCGCUGGUCGCUCUUGAAGGUAUUUUCUUCCUUUACUAUACCUCCUGGACCCUGUUCCAGAUCCUCCCGGCUGUUGCUGCCGUCGGAACUGUCGCGUUCAUUAGCGGCAGCCGUGCGCUCGGAGAAGUCCAGGGCAGGCGCCUGGCAGGUCUCCGGUGAGUACUUGCGACAUUGCUAAACGCAUGCCUUUGUUCGGAAGACCCGGGUUGGGGGAAUACUUUGAUACCUCGGCGCAACAUUCAAAUAUGCUAGAAUCAACACUGUAAAGCUAACAUGAAUAAAACAUGAUACUCAAGGAG